AUGUCUGAAUUCAUCUCAAGGCCUUGGUCCUCAGUACUUGUGGUAGCCCUAGCCCUAUCCACUGUGCAUGCUCUCCCAAUUAAGGACAGCGAAGCAAACAUCAUCGAAGCAAGAUCACCACGUCUCAUCCCGGACACAACCAAUUACGUCCAUAAUGUCCUUCAAGGCCUCGGACUAGGUGGUCUCUCACCCACUGCUACAACGACAGCCACGGCAACUGCAACUGCAACUGCAACUGCGACCCCUUCGGCAACCCAGCAAGUCGAACAAAGCCGCCCGGACGACGACAGCACGGAGCAGGAUCCCCCAGCACAGCCUUCUCCGGGGACUAUUUACUCUCAAAGCAGUUACUCAGAAGACAGAGGACCAACUCCUACCACGCACAUCACAUACCAAAGCUCGACAAGCUACACGCCAACCCACGGUAGCAACGGGGCAGGCUACACGGAAACCGUGAAACACCACGAAAGCCACUCGCCUAUGAACAUCCAGUUGAUGCAUGGAUGGAACAAAGACCGCAAGCUCACCGCUGAGGACUUGCCUGUUGUUUUCGAUGCUGUCUACCGUGAAUUGAAGCAUCAAGUAGCUGACAUCAACAGUUCAGAUGAACUUGGACUGGAUGGAUUCAUGUCGGAUUUGGAAAACUUCUGA